GCGUAAUUCUCGAUCCGCCUGGUGCACUCGCGCAUCGUCGAUCGCGGUCGAAGCGCACCGUCGUUAUCCUCCUCGUCGUCGCGUUGAUAAACAGUGAUCACGGGACGUCUGUUAAGCGUCUCUCUGAGCCCGUCUCGGACCCGCAGUUUAAUCGCGACGCGACAUUGACAACGUCAUCAGACCCGCUGAUAAUCGCGUGUAUUUGCCCCCCCCCCCCCAUUGUGACGGUGCUAUCGAACUUUUAAUAACACACGCGCCGAUUAAGCGCGAGCAGUCGUUCGUCGCUCGAUCAAUCAGUGCGAAUCCAACCAGGCGCUCUCUUUGGCCCCGGCUUUGACACGCGACGUCUGACGGCUUAUUAUCAACGACAUAAUAGCAGAGAAUCUGAUCAAAAUGCCGGAUAUUAACAUGGUGGUCCAUCUGGUCAAUCUAAUGGCUUACAGCUUCACGCUGUAUUAUUCCUUCUACAUACUACACAUUCCUUUUCUCAUGAACAAAUUUGACAAAUUUGACCCUGGCCAAUGGAAGUAUCUAACGAUGUGGGAUGUGAUUUUACAAACGCUAUUCUUUCUAAUAUGUCUCCUGAACGAUCUGUUCGGUACAAACGCUGUAAACCCCAAAAAGCCGCCCUUCACACGGAAGUUGAAGGAUUAUUUCCAUGCGAGUCUCGGAUUUCCCAUUGCCAUGUUCGUUGGCGUGACUUUUUGGGCGUUGAUGUUGGUGGAUCGUGAGCUGGUAUUGCCGAAAGCGCUGGACCCGUACUUCCCAUGGUGGUUGAACCAUUUAAUGCACACGAUGAUCGUGGUGACGACCGUGCUCGAGAUGAUUGUCGCACCACGGCAGUAUCCCAAGCGAUCUUGCGGCCUCGGAAUACUCGCGAGCUUUAUGCUCACAUAUUUAGUAUGGUAA